ACGUUUUAAAUAGUGUUCCGUUUACUGUAACAUGUUACUCUGGUGCAUUCAGGCUCACAUAUAUAAUCCUACACUGUGUGAGGAGGUGCGUAACAGCGCCGCAGUCAUUGCGUCAUAGUGGACGUGUAACGGGACGGUCCGAGUCUAACCGGAGGAGACAGACCGGGUGAGAGGGGACACAGCAGAGACAACAGGACUGAUAUUUCCUGCAAGAGAAGGUCCGAAACUAUUGAUUCCUGUGCAGUGUUGACACAGACGACCAAAUAUAGAAAUGGUUUUCAGAGGCACAAUAAGUGAUGCUCCGGAUUUUGAUCCAAGCGCUGAUGCUGAGACUCUUUACAAUGCCAUGAAGGGCAUCGGCAGUGAUAAAGAAGCUAUUCUGGACCUGGUCACUUCUAGAAGCAAUGCGCAGAGGCAGGAGGUCAUCUCUGCAUACAAGAGUAACUAUGGAAAGGACCUGAUUGAUGAUCUGAAAUACGAGCUGACGGGUAAAUUCGAGCGCCUCAUUGUCAGUCUGAUGAGGACACGAGCCCAACAUGAUGCCAAAGAAAUCCACGAUGCAAUCAAAGGAGCUGGAACCAAUGAGAGGUGUCUGAUUGAAGUCCUGGCCUCCAGAACCAACCAGCAGAUACAUGACAUGGUUGCAGCAUACAAGGAUGCCUAUGGUGGAAACAUGGAAGAGGAUGUGAUCACAGACACUUCAGGUCACUUUAAGAAGAUGCUGGUUGUUUUACUCCAGGGGACCAGAGAUGAGUCAGGAGUGGUUGAUGCAGACUUGGUGGAGCAGGAUGCACAAGACCUGUAUGCCGCCGGAGAGGAGCAGUGGGGGACAGACGAGGCCAAAUUCAUCAUGAUCUUGGGAAACCGCAGUGUGACCCACCUUCGCAUGGUUUUUGAUGCGUAUGAGAAGAUUGCAGAGAAAUCCAUCGAGGACAGCAUAAAGAGCGAACUGUCUGGAGACUUUGAGAGGCUGAUGCUGGCUGUUGUCCAGUGCAUAAGGAGUGUUCCCAUGUUCUUUGCCAAACGCCUCUACAAAUCAAUGAAGGGUCUUGGUACAGCUGAUAACACCCUGAUAAGGAUCAUGAUUUCCCGCUCUGAAAUAGACAUGUUGGACAUCAGAGAGUGUUUCCGUCUCAGUUAUGAAAAGUCUCUCUAUAACAUGAUUAAGGACGACACAUCAGGAGACUACAAGAGGACACUGCUCAAUCUGUGUGGAGGAGAUGAUGACUUAGCUGGAGAGUUCUUCCCUGAAGCUGCUCAGAUAGCCUACAAGAUGUGGGAAUUAAGUGCCAUGACCAAAGUCCAGUUGAGGCCAACAGUCCGUCCUGCUUCCAAUUUUGACCCCGCUGCUGAUGCUCAAGCGCUGAGAAAAGCCAUGAAGGGCUUUGGAACAGAUGAAGAUGCAAUCAUUGAUAUUGUCGCACAGAGAAGUAAUGCUCAGAGGCAAGAAAUCAGACAGGCCUUCAAAUCCCUACUGGGCAGGGAUCUGAUGAAGGAUCUGAAAUCUGAGCUGUCAAAGAACUUAGAGAGGCUGAUCAUCGCGCUCAUGUUGACCCCGGCGGAGUUUGACGCCAAAAUGAUGAGGAAAGCAAUGGAGGGAGCUGGGACUGAUGAACAUGCUCUGAUUGAGAUCCUGGUCUCAAGAAGCAACGAGCAGAUUCAGGCCAUGAACGCUGCUUAUCAGGAAGGCUACAAGAAGCCUUUAGAGGAAGCUAUUCAGUCUGACACUUCAGGCCACUUCUGCCGCAUCCUGGUCUCUCUGGUGCAGGGUGCAAGGGAAGAAGGCCCUGCAGAUAAUGAAAGAGCUAAUGUAGACGCUCAGGAACUUGCAGAUGCAUGCAAUGCAGACUCUGAUGACAUGGAGAUGAAGUUCAUGAGUAUUCUGUGCACCAGGAGCUUCCCUCAUCUUAGAAAAGUUUUCCAGGAGUUUGUCAGAUACACCAAUAAGGACAUUGAGCAGAUUAUCAAGAAGGAAAUGUCAGGCGAUGUGAAAAAUGCCUUUUAUGCAAUAGUUCGCAGUGUAAAGAACCAGCCCUCAUAUUUUGCAGACCGUUUAUACAAAGCAAUGAAGGGACUCGGCACAGACGACAGAGCGCUGAUCCGCAUCAUGGUGUCCCGUAGCGAGAUCGACCUUUUCAACAUUCGCAAAGAGUUCAAGGAAACGCAUGACGCUUCGCUCCAUGAAUUCAUCCAGGUAGAAACAAUGAUUGGUGACACCUCAGGAGACUACCGUAAAACUCUGCUGCUGCUCUGCGGAGGGGAAGAUUAAACCAUGCACCACUAUGACGCUCUAUUCACAGACGUUCAUUGACGACCCACAUGACAAGUGUGAAACUGUGGUGGUUAAAGUCAGUAUCUAUUGUCGGUGUCCUUCACUGCUGCCAGUCCUCAGCCAAACCAAGUGACCUGUGGCCUUCCAAACAAGUUUCUCUCAUGUCUGAUCUUCCUGUUUUUCUUUUUUUACACUCUAAUUUAAUAUGUGAUGUUCACGUUAAUGUAGAAGGAUGCUUCACAUGUACAGCGUAAUAGAAGUUAGUUUAUUAUUUUAUUUUACUGAACCAGGACAUCUCUCUGAGAAUAAAUGCCUAUUUUAUGAGGCAGACCUGGUAAAGGUAGCUGACUCACAAAACAAUCAAAUGCAGAAUAAUACCCACAAUAAAACACAAAAACGUAUGCCUUCACUAGACUCUUUAUGAUGCCCAUAAAAUCAUCUAGGUCUACUUUUAGUUAAUAAUGAAGCAGUGCCUUCAGGCUGUCCAGAGAUAACUGUGAUUCAGAGGUAACAUAUGUACCUGAACUGAAUAAAUAAAUACAAA